AUGAAAGUCUUCGAUGAUAUAGCUAUCCAUUGUCGUUUAGAGCAGUCGUUUGGCUUGAAGAAGCCUGGAACCGCAAUGCGCACCCGCUUCACAAACUUGGUUAAUCAGUACAAGGCAGACCAGUGCCAGUCGAUGCGAAAGUCAGGGACUACUGAGGAAUACGCCGAGCGGGAACAACGAGGUAUAGAACGCUCCGGUGAGCUUUUGCGUAGUCUUGCUAUGGGCGAGAUCGCUUUCGACGAAGAGGAAGAGCUAGAUUUUGCUCUUGACAGUAGUCGUAGUGGAGAGGACAGUGGCGAAGCUACGGACGCAGCAACUUCCGGCCGGAAGAACAAAAUUACUAAACGAGAGCGGCUUGAUGUAGUAUCUAACGGGAUAACUAGUGCUCUUUUGGAAGCAAGCGAGGACGAGAAGGCGAAGUACCAGUACAAGAUGCAGCGCCUUCAGUUUGAACGGGAACAGGAGGACCAAAAGCGAGUUCACGGUGCAGCAGAAGCUGAAAAGCGCCGAGCUCAUGAACUUCAGCUCGAAGACCGCCGUCUUCAGUCUGACGCAGCUCGUGAUAAACGGAUGCAAGAGUUUAUAUUGAAAGUACUCGAACAGCAAAAGCAAUGA